UUCACGACAAAAAAUUCGCCUCAAAAGAGCUUUACCGGACUUCCUGUGUUUUGUUUUCUUUCUCCGCGGGCGUCCUGUGUCAACAAAAUGGCGGCCAAGAAGUAUAUGAACGAUCGAGAACAACAACUUACUUCAUCAAAUACCUUGUGAAAAACUGCUUUGGGUUCCAAAGACCUGGCUUGUCUUUUGUUUUUGAGCCGUGAAGCCGUGACUAAUUUGCCGCUUGAAGUUUCCGUUGAUCGAUUUUAGGAUUCGAACACAGGAUUAAAAACGCUCCACAAAGUUGUGGCAUUGCAACAAAAGAAAUAAARGGAUAUAAGCCAAACCUGUAAAGUAUAACGAGGAUAUAUUAUCGUGUAUUUAUUGGUGUUACGUGCAUCGACCUGAGGGUCUAUUUUGCUGGCGACUACCGGUUUACACGGUGACUAACCAUGGUACUUUAUAGWUAUUCAUAACACUGCAUGGUCGUUAUUCAUGACGUGAGUUCGUGGGUCAGCAACGAAAAAUGGCAGCCACCUUCAAACCGGUAACGCUUGGUAAUCUUAUAUCUAAAGAUCUGUCUCAGGCAUAUAUUCUACCUAUUUUCCCACUGCCCGCUGAUGGUCAAUAUGACAAAGAAUUGUUUAUCAACAAUGAACAGUACAAGGUAUAUGAUUAUCCGCCUCCAGAUCCGAUCUAUAACUCUUGUCAGUUCGCAUGGAAAGUUUCAUGUGCCGCAGGUCAUGAAUUUGUUGUUUUGGUUGACCAUCUUCCCUACCGUGAGCUCAAGGAACAUUGGAAGCAAUGGCUACCAGUUUUCCCGUCAGCUUCUUUCAAGAGUAUUUCCGAAGGACUAGCUGAUGACACACCAUUAGUUACCGUUGCCGCCCUAGAGUCUGUUCCAGCCAACAAGUACAGCGUACAUCCAGACAUUAUUUACGAGUUGAAUCGCAAGAGUACAAUCCUGAAGAUCGGGGUACCAUGUCCUAAACACAUGACUCCUGAAAACGUUUCAUUUCCAUGCGUUGUUAAAGUGGAUAUGGCCUGGGGUGGUCGUGGUAAUAUACUUGCUAGAAACCAAAGACAAUUCUCGAACGCUUUGGAUAUGGUGAGAAAGCAAGCAGGCUGGAAAGGUGAUCUCCUAAUUCAAGAAUACUUAGACAACAUUAUCAAGGUCCACGACUGUUAUUUUUAUUUAUUUAAGUCAGGAGAGGUUUUUUGGCUUGGUGUUUAUUUGGGCCAAUUUGAUUUUAGUGAUGGAAAGUUUGAGUGGCUUUGUGGCUUGAGUGAUUUUGAAGAGGAAUGUGAGCGAAAAAAUUAUGUGUACGAUAAAUUCAUUGUCCCAAUUGCGAAGUUUCUCCACGAGAAAGGUUAUUUUGGGGCUUUAAGCUGUGAGAUAGUGGAGAAUGAGAAAGGCAUGUUCCUUGUUGAUCUGAAUGUACGAAUUAGCGGAGGUACAAGUCAUUUCCUUGUCUUUCCUUACAUGGCACAUCUAGGGUUCACUAAGUCAAGCUACUUCGCUAACAAAAAAUUCCAAGGCAGUACUCCAGAAAUAAUUCAUAAGGCCAAUUUGAUUAACAAGUCGACAGAUAAAGGAAGAAUAGUAAUAUUCAUACUAAAUAAUUCUGUAAAUAAUAAUAAUUUACCAGAAUGUAAUGUUACUUUGGGAAUUUAUGGACGGUCGUUCGACGAUGUCAAUGAGUUGGCACUCAAACUUUCGUCAAGCUGAGAAAACAAACGGAGACGUUUCUGUAUGUUUUAAUAGUAAUGAUAUUUCCUAAAUGCUAAUGUAUUUAUAAUAUACAGCAAAACAUGCGAAAUAAAGAAUUUUACCACA